UUCUCUCUCACCAAACUCUUGCUUUCAUAGCUUCUUCUAGGGCUCGGAACUCUGAACUUCAUUCGAAAUUGUGCUUCCUUAAAAAUUAUGUUUCUGUUGCGUUAGGGUUUCUUUUUUUUUUCUUCUGCAGUUUGAAAUGGCUUGGUUACGCUUGGAUAAUCGUUGCGAUUCUGAAUCUGUCGCUUCACUUCCAUGGCUUUGGUCCAUUCAACAUGUUGCAAGCUGCAAGGAAAUGGACGUGACUACUUUACAGAGUUUGGUUGAUGUAGCCCUUGUUGCGGAAGAUGGUUUCUGUGAAAAGACAAGGGAAUUGAUUUCCCUGAGAUGUUUGGAGGCAAUGUUUGAUCCUGAUUCGGCUCAUAGAGUUGAUUGUGAUGAUGCUGCUGCAACUAGCCUGGAUUCGAGAGUUCGGUUUGCUUUUUCGACAACUUGUGAAGAUGUCCUUCGACAGAUAGUGGGCGAGGUACCAGUAUCAAAUCUAAUAAAAGAUCGAGUUAAGCUUUUGAAAUGGGAUGUUUCCCAGUUUAUUUUGCAUAAAAGAGCUGUUCUCAAAUGUGACUUAGUGCAGCUGAAAGAAUCAAUCCUUGAUGGUACUCAUCCAAAUGCUGAUUGUUUAAGAGAAACUGGGCGAUUGCAACCUCAGAAUGGGGGUUGUCAAGUGCAUCUCAAUGACAAUGCACAUCGUGAUCUUUCGAAAAAAGAUAAUGGGAACAGCACUUAUCAUGCAGACAAGGAAGUAAAAGAGAACUCAAUAUCUACAAUGUUAGAAAAAGUGACUAAACAAUGGAAAGAGUUACUUGAAAAGAUUAAACGUUGCAAGAGGAACCAGGUUGAGUCAGUUAAUGGUAAUGAGCAUAUGACAGAAUGCCAACAAGGAAAGCAAGUUGAUAUCAGUGAAUGGCAUGUUUGCCAAGGAAGUGCAAAGAAGAUUAGACAUAAUGAAUCUUUAAAUGUUGAGUCCAACAAAGAGAAGCCAAUCUCUCAUGGAGUGGGUAGGUAUGAUAGGUGGUUUGCUUCCAAGCAAUUAGACUCCAGAAGCCACAAUGAGGUCCUUCAUCAUGAGCCACAAAUUCCCUUUAGUGCUACAAUGACUCUUCAGCAUAAAUCUGGAGAUGAAUGCAAUCUGGAACAGGAAGAUGAACCUAUUCCAACGAAAGCUUUGCCUGCAACUGGAAUCCUUCAUGGAAAUGAAAAUGAUACUGCUCAUGAAGUUCCAAAUGUAAUUAGCGAGUCAAAAGGUAUCAAGUGA